AUGUGUGCGCCUGGAGCUGCUCCCAUCAAUGGAGCGCACGGCAUUAGCACCGCCGUGUUGGACGCCCCGCCCUCGGCGACGAUGGGCGCGGCGGCGCGCGCCGUGGCGCCGCCCUUCAAGAAGUCCUCAAAGACAGACAAGCGCAUGACCCCCACGGGCCGCGCCCUGAUGGCGCUCUCGCUGGCCAUCGCAGUCAUCGCCGCCUUUUGGCCCCAGCUCGUGCCCCACCUCGGGGCCCUGCACGCCGCGCUCGCGCCCGCCGCGCCCGGCGCGGCCCAGGCGCCGCGCGGCGGCGGCGGCGGCUGCCCCCUGGGCUACACCAGCGCCUCCGGCGCCGCCCUCCCCGCCGGCCACCCCCCGGUGCCCGGCGCCGGACUCGCGCCGCCGCCCGCGGCGGCCCCAGUCCGGCGCCUCACAUGGGUCAGGGGCGACAUCUGGACUGGCGACGCCGCGGCGCCGCGCGCGCGCGCCAUGGCGGUUGAUCUUGAGAGCGGAGAGGUCGUCCAGAUUGGCGGCGAGCCGGCGCAGGGCGCCGCAUACGAUCUGGUGGACUUCGGGGACGCGUUUAUCAUGCCGGGAAUUGUAGACAAUCAUGUCCACUUCAUCCCGGGCGGCCUGUCGCUGGCGGGGGUGGACCUGCGGCGCGCGGCUAGCAGGGACGAGUUUGCGGCGGCGGUCGCGGCAACUGCCGAGAAGCUGGGCCCGGAGGAGUGGGUGCUGGGGGGCUUUUGGGACGACAACCAAUGGGGUGGCGGCCUGCCCAACGCCACCUGGAUCGACGCCGCGACCGGCGGCCGCCCCGCCAUGCUGAUGCGCAUGGACUCCCACCUCGCCCUCGCCAACAGCGCGGCCCUGGAGCUGGCCGGAGUGGGGGCCAGCACGCCAGACCCGGCUGAAGGGAUCGUGGACAGGGACCCGCUGACGGGGCUGCCCACGGGCAUCCUGAGGGAGAACGCGAUGCGCCUCGUGUCGUCUGUCAUCCCGCCCCCCUCUUCCGAGCGCCGCCGCGCGGCGGUGCUGGCGGCUUCGCGCUACGCGCUGUCCCGCGGCAUCACCAGCGUCGUCGACCUCGGAAGGUCGCCGUUUGCAGAGCAGAGCGCCAGCUGGGCGGAUCUGGAGGAGGUCUACGACCCCAUGGCAGAUGCCGGGCAGCUUCCACUCAGGGUCUACGCCUUUGUGCCCCUGGACCAGUGGCGGCCCAUGGCCGCGCGCGUCGCCGCCACCGGCUACGCCCACCCCAGGGGCCGCCUCUUCGUCGGCGGCGUCAAGGAAUUCGCAGACGGCUCCCUAGGCAGCCGCACCGCCCUUAUGCGCGACGACUAUGCGGGGGAGCCCGGGGUGCGGGGCGUCAGGAUGGCCCCCCUGGAGCGGCUGCGGCGCGACGCGGCCGCGGCCGACGCGGCCGGCCUGCAGAUCGCGGUGCAUGCUAUUGGAGAUCAGGCGGUCGACGAGGUUCUCGACGUUUUCGAGGGCGUGAUAGCCGCGCGCGGCGCGCUGGGCGGAAGGGCGGCGGCGGCGGCCGCCGAAUGCGCGCUGCGGGUCGAGCACGCGCAGCACAUCAGCGGGCCCGCCGCGGCCGCGCGCUUCGGCGCGCUCGCGGCCGGCGGCGUCGCGGCGAUCGCCAACCCGCAGCACCUGACGACCGACGCGCCGAUGCUCGGCGCGCGCCUGGGCGGCGACCGCGCGGGGCCGCUCCGCGCGUUUGCAUGGCCCGCGCUGGCCGCGGCCGGCGGCCGCGUCGCCGCAGGCUCGGACUGGCCGGUCGUCGACGCGCGGCCCUUCGAGUCCGUCGCGACCGCGGCGGCGCGAACGCGCGAGGUCGCCGCCGCGCUGACGGGCGAUGACGUCACCGCCGAGGCGGCGCUCGAGGCCGCGCUGCGGCUGCACACCGCGGACAGCGCGGACGCCGCGUUCGUCAUGGGGGCGCGGGUCGGGCGGCUCUCGCCCGGCCGCCGCGCAGACUUUGCGGUGCUCGCGCGCUCGCCGCUGGCGGGCGGCGGCGCGGGCGCCGCAAGCGCCGAGGUGGUCAGCACGUACGUCGACGGGCGCUGCGCGUUUGGCUGCGGCGGCGGCGGCGAUGCGGGUGCGGGCGGUGGCCCGACUCCGCAGUGA